AUGGACGCACUUUUCGUCAUUCAGAAGAGGGUGCCGGACCAACGACCACUGCUUGGCAGCGUCUACAUCCAUUUGGGGGGUACUGGUAUUGGAACUCCAGGAUUUCAAUUCGUCCGCAAAAAGUGGACACGGACAUGCAAGAACAUCUGGAAGGUCGUUGACAAGGAGCGUGGACAACCGUCGGAGGAGAGUAAUUCCACGCAGCUACCACCAGAAAUGAUAAAAAAUUGCCUAAUGAAUAUGUGCGCUCCGGGCUUGAAAAUCUUCUCACAAUGUCCCCGCUGUGUGUUUCCUGGGUCAGCGGCGACGAUACUCCAGGGGAAAGAGAUCAAGCAUCGCGAGACAGGUAUCGCAGUCCACGGAUUUGAGGCUAGCAACCAUUUUCAAAGCGGCUCGUUGGACACGCUCAAUGAGGGUGACGUCUUUCGUGCGUUCUGGGUAGAAAACCUGGUUGGUGUAUUCCGGGAGCGGUCUGACGUCGGGCCCGAUAGAUCCAUGCGAGUAAUAUGGGAGAAGGUGUGUCGGAUCAUCCGGAAAAUGGCACGUGCCUUUUGGGCCGAUUUCUCAUGGUGCGGUGGGAAAUAUAGGUAUGAGAAUACCCAGAUACCCAAAUCCUUUUGGGCGUCUAUCCUGGUCCUUUCCCACCAUGCAUAA